GUAUUAUCCAGUAUUCGUUUAAUAUCAUAAAUCCUAUCCACGAGCGAUUGAACUAACAAAAUCGUAAGAUUUAUGAAAUUCGUAAAUAUGUAAGUAAAAACCAAAUAUACAGCCUUUUGAAAACGUCCGGUAAGUCACUUCGGAAAUUCCAGCACAUUCCAUGUACAUCAAAUUUACCCAGUAAAAAAAUGCAAUAAUACGGGUCAGUUUAAUGUCAAAUUGUCACUGGGCAGUGGAUCCUCUUCGCAUUGUUAGGUUGCCCUUUUUUAUCCAGAAAUGUAUUUAAGUAAAUGAUUUUCGUAGAAUUUCCACCCUUUUCCCUUCUUUUACCCAGCACAUUUCCUAAUUUAACUUUCAUGCAGCCCUUAAGUUGUGGCCAGUAGUCGCCCGUUACUUGAACUUAAGCAAUAUCAUUCUCUCAAAAACUCUAAAAAAAUCGAAUUUGUUUCAACGUAAAAUUAUAAUGGAAAAUUCUGACGUUUACUCGAUGUCGUCUGACGAGUUGAAAGCAGAAGAAAAACGCCUGACGGCGAGGUUGGGUGCAGUUAAUGAGGCCAUGAAACUGAAAAAUGGCUCGGCAACUUUUUCCCGUCCCUGGGCGACUGGAGCAGACUCCACCACGGUGUCACCGGUAACAACUUCCGCUGGCCAGGCUUCCAUCCCGAACGUCCCAGUUUCUAAUCAAGGUGCACUUCAAAUGCAGCCGAGCGGGGGAGGACUUACGUUUAAUGUGUCAGGAAAUAAUAACAAUGUCAAUAUUAGAUUUUAAUUACGUAAAUAUGUACAUAUAUUUACAUAUGCAGUUAUUUAUACUGUAUUGCCUCAUGUAAUCUUUUUUUAUGGCUUUCGUAAUAAACAGAACUAAAAAAAUAAUUUCAAAAUUUAAA